GUAGUAAAUAAUAAAAUGGCUGGAAUUUCAGUUUUUGGUGAUUUGAGAGUUCGAAAUCGGUCAGUCGAUGAAAUUUCUUCCUACGGUGACGGUACAAUGAAUGUAUGGCAAACACUUGAAGUAAUUUCGGGAAAUAAUUUGCGAAAGAAAUACCAUUACGAGGGUUAUAGUGAUGUGGAAAAUGUUUUAAGGACUUUAACAACUUCGUCACAUCGAAGAGAUAGUUUUGUGGAUAAAGUUAAUACACCAGAAGAUUCAAAGAGGAAUGAUUAUGGUGAUGGAGGUGAUAGUGGGAAGCCAUCACGAUCUGAUCAAGCGAAUGCAUCAGAUGCAGUGAAUGCAACGAAAAAUAAUGGAGGUGGAACAAAAAAACGAGGGCGUGGAAAAAGUGUCAAAUCUAAGAAGAAAGCUGUGAAGUUACCACCAGGAGUACCACCAGAAGAAAGUGAAAUGAUAGUUCUAUCGUUGGAUUGUACAGAUUUGGUGAAGUGCAGCUUUAAUAUUCCAAGAAUUUCGGCUAGAUUGGAAAGAUUGAUGGGUACAAAUGUUGUUAGACUUACCGACAGGAAAUACAUGAAGGAACUAAGAGAACGAAUAGAUGAAGACUAUCGGAUGCAACUUACAAAUCGGAUAAAGAACAGAGAGAUCAAAGAGUUGGAACGUGAACGCAAUCUUAUUCUUGAUGGCAAGACUGAUGCUAUACCCGAAGAACUGUCAGCUGAUCCAAUAUUUGUUGUCAACAGAAGAGCAAACAUUGAAAUUGUCAAGCGUCGUGCAAAGCUCAAAACAAACCGUGAGAAAAAUGCAGAACGUCUGUUGCGUCAAGGCUUGAAAUGGGAACGAGAACGCUCCCGGCACGAGGAGCAAGAGAGACAGAAACAAAAGGAAUUGGAAAGGAUAAAGAAGGAACAGCAGGCUUUGGAGGACCAGUAUAUUGAGGAGGAUGCACAACGUGGUCUGGAUUUGUUGAGAAUCAAUGACACCGAAUGGCAAGAUUGUGAACAAAAUUUACGUGAAUUCCUCGAAACCGAACGAAAUAAGAUGAAAGAAAGAUCAUUCCGUAUUCCGAAACCAUAUUCAAGCGAUCCACAAGAUAUUCAAAAUAUUGUUCGAGCUCGAAAGAAAUUCCGUGAAACCGAAAAGAGAAUCCGAAAUCAGCUGGAACGAUCUUUCAGUGAUAAAUCACAGCGGACAGUUGAAAACUUUGGUAGUAAAGUAGCCAUGUUAGUAUCAGCUGUUGAAGCAUUUGCAUCUUCACUUCAAAGACCUCCCGACGAAGCGGAAUCUUCGGUUUCGGUUUAUUUGGGUGAUGAUGAUGCAUCAGGAAUUCCAAGCAGUUCUGGAAGUUCGCAACGUAUAUCACCAAUUACCAACAUAAAAGAAGAAAAACAACAAGAAAUGCAAUCACAAAUGGAAUCUGAUGUUCAAAAAGGAUAUUUAGUCACUAGCAAUCAACAUGGUAAUCUUCGAUAUUAUGAUAUGCAAAUUGCUAAACUUCGAGAAGCAACGAACAUUCGAGAACUCUAUCAAAUAGCUGAAAAGAUAAUAAUUGGUGAAGUGGAAGAAUUGAUGGGAACUGAAGAGGUUGAAAUUGAGGAAGAGGACAAUGACGUCAUUUGAUAAGGUUUAAUCGAACUCCUGUUGACGAUUGUGGUAGCUUUUUUUUUUUUGAUACAAUUUUUGCAAAUUGCUAAAUAAAUUAAAAUUGUUUUCGCAAUAAAAACGUUA